AUGGAUGACGGCUUCCCUGAGGUGACGAAGACAGUGACGGCGGCGACGACGGCGUCCGCCCGCGCCGCCAAGCGGCUCACCUCGGUCGAGGGCUGGCGCGAGGUCGGCCGCGGCGUCUUCCUGACCGCGGGCCACACCGCGCUCGUCUUCCUCCCGGACCCGAGCUACGACCGGGAGUGGCCGGCGCACAGCGACGACCGGCAGGAGGCGUACUCGCGGCUGUCGCGCGCCCAGCGCCGGUCGAUCAGCACGACCCGGUCCGUCAGGGGGACGGCGGCAGAUGAGAGGCGAGAGUGGCUGUCGAACGGGGUGCUGCAGCAGCGUGUAGAGCAGUUCGAGCAGGACCGGCAGGAGGACAGGCCCAAGGAGGAGCCGGACGCGGUGGUGACGGCGGUGGACCCGGCGGACAUUCCGUUCCAUGUGUACUCGAGACGGGUCAAGUGGUACCUUGUCAUCAUCAUCGGAGUAGCUGGGCUCUUCUCCGGCUUGUCGUCCAACAUCUACCUGCCGUCGCUCUCUGCCAUUGCUGAGGAUCUGCACGUCAGCCUCGCUGAUGUCGGGCUGACCAUCACGUCGUACCUGGUCGUGCAGGGCAUCUCGCCGCUGUUCUGGGGCUCCCUCUCGGACACCAUCGGGCGCCGGCCGGUGUACCUGUUGUCCUUUUCCGUGUACAUCAUCUCCAACAUUGUGCUGAGCAUCACGCCAAACUUUCCCGUGCUCCUCGUUUUCAGAGGCUUGCAGGCAGCGGGGAGUGCCUCGACCGUUAGCAUUGGUACCGUGGAUUCAGGCGCAGCAAUUGACGACGUGGUGCUAAUACUCCCGACAGGCAACGGCGUUAUACAAGACAUUGCGACGCCGGAUGAGCGUGGUGCAUUCAUCAGCUUCUACCAAGCCAUUCGGAACUUUAGCAUCGCGGUCGGGCCCGUCAUUGGCGGCCUGCUCGCCAACUUCCUCGGCUUCCGCUCCGUCUUUGUCUUUUUAUUCAUCGCCUCCUCCCUCGUCCUCCUCGUCAUCGCCGCCAUCCUCCCGGAGACGCUCCGCUCCAUCGCCGGCAACGGCUCCCUGAAGCUGACCGGCAUCUACCGACCUCUGCUCGGCCACGCCAUCCUCGGCGACACCAAGCUCGAAGAGCCCGAGGCCGCGCGACCGCGCCCCAAAGUCGGCUUCAAGACCUUCCUCGAGCCGGUGCUGCUCCUCCGCGAAAAGGACAUCCUGGUGAGCCUGCUCUUUGGCGGCGCCGUAUACGCCGUCUGGAGCAUCGUCGUGGCCACCACGACCGGGCUCUUCAAGGACCUCUUCAACCUGAGCGACCUGCUCCUCGGUGUCACCUUUCUGCCAAAUGGCCUGGGCACCAUUGUCGGCUCCGUGGUCGCCGGCAAGCUCAUGACUCGCGAGUUCCUCGCCGCCGAGACCUCCUACCUCGCUCGCUUCCCCUCCGCGCGCCCUCCGUCCAAGAACAAAAAGGACCUCCCCGUCGACUUCCCCCUCGAGCACGCGCGCCUCCGGCACACCCCCUGGAUCACCCUCCUCUUCGUCCUCUGCACCACCGCCUACGGCUUCACCGUCCUGCGCCUCCCCGUCACCUCCGCGCCCGGCUGGAUCGCCGUGCCGCUCCUCCUCCAAUUUGUGAUUGCGGCGACGUCCAACGCCGUGUUCGCGAUCAACACGACGCUCGUGUCGGACCUGUCGCCGGGCAAGGGCGCGAGCUCGACGGCGGUGAACAACCUGGUGCGGUGCGGGAUGGCGGCGCUGGGCGUGGCGUUUGGCGACGUGAUGAUCCAGGACUUUGGCCCAGCGGCGACGUUUUUGGGUUUGGGGGUGCUGACGGCGGGGAUGAGCGUGUUCUUGGCAGCCGAGUUCGUGUACGGGAUGCGCUGGAGGAGGGAGCGUCGACAGCGGGCCAAGUGA